UUGUUAGGUAUUCACUUUGUGCGUCAUCGUUUUCCUAAUUGCAAAUAUAUUAAUAAAUAUAAAACGGCUCUAUCUGCCAUGGCUUGACAUUACAAUAAAUUAAUGGUUAUGAUUAGAAAUUGCGGCCUGGAAACAAUGGAGAAGUGGUUUCAGAGAAUAUUUGUGAUCAUAUUGUUGUGUUUUGCUGCAUGUUUGUGUGAACGUGGAGAUUACAUUGGCUGCUAUGUGCUAAAAGCCGAAGAAGUAUUAAAUACGCACACAGGUCAAUCCGUGGACGCAUGUCUCAAUGCUUGUGAACAGGUACAUUACAAAUAUGCUUUAAUAGGCAAUGAAUCUACUUGUUUCUGCGGCAAUUCACCGGGAAAGUUCAAACUGCCCUUAGACUCCUGUCACACGGUAUGUCCUAAGAACGAAACUCAAAAAUGCGGCGGUAACAAUGCUACUAGUGUAUAUGAUACGGAUGUAGUCGCUCCAGGUCAGCCAAGCAAUCUGGUCCUAUUUAACGCCACAGAGACUACAGUGAGACUGCGUUGGUCUGCUCCUGAUGCAUACUCCUUCAUAACUUCAUAUGUUAUUCGAGCAGCUGUUAUUGAAACUUAUUCUGAUUACAAUCUGAAGCCAUUGGAAUGGAGAGUGUCCAAUGAAACUUUAAAUAUGGAACUCUUAAACCUGCAUCCUGGGUCCAAGUACAACAUCAGUGUUGCAGCCUUGAAUUAUGACGAAGAAGGUCCAAAUAUUACCAUGGUUACUGAGACAGUAAUUGGAACACCAGACCCUAGUCCGCCUGAUGUACAGAUAAUUCAAAGACGAGGUGACAGAAUGGUUGUACAUAUUCCCAAAGCUAAGAAUGUGAAUGGGCCAGUUUCUAUGUACAGAAUAGUCAUUUCUAUAGAGUUGUAUCAACAAGGCUUCAUAGUGGAUACUCUCAGUAACCAUACAUAUGCAACUGAACAAGGUCUACCUUACUACAUCACUGCUGAAUUGGAUCCUGAUGAUAUAAAGACUGAUUUCAUCAUUGGAGACAGGAGUACAUACAAUGGUUUUUACAAUGCGCCAUUGCCAUUAACAAAUGACAUUGAUGUGUCUUUAGGAGUAGUGAGUGAAAAGAACCAUGUCAGAAAAGUUAGAUAUGCUGAGUCAACCAAAAAGAUUAUUUUGAAUAUUAAUGAACCUGAGGAAGUAUCUCCGAUGGUAGUAGCACUGGGAGCUGGUAUUGCCAUUGGAGUAGUACUACUGCUGAUUGGCAUAGGACUGAUUAUAAUUUUACGUCGCAGAAUACAGUUUGUACGAAUGCAAAGGGGAUCUCAAUCAAUGCCGUUAAGUUUAAGUGAACCUUGUGUUGAAAUAGAAAACUCCGGAUUUAUUCUUGAGGAUGAAGAAAGAGUAGACUACUAUGGAAAUUUAAAACGUAAACUUUGGAAUAUUCCACGGAAUUUAAUUGAAACAGACAUAUCAUGUGUUGUUGGUGUUGGGACAUAUGGUAAAUUCACUAAAGGAAAAGUGCAACAAGGUGGAGUGCAGACUGUUGGCUUGGUUCAGGUCAUAGCUGAUAGAGAACUUGAAAAAACAGAGAAGAAGCAGAUGCUACAAGAAUUAGAUCUGUUGAUAAAAACCAGUGAACACGAAAAUGUUAUCUCAUUAAUAGGCAUCUGUGAGACUAAUACCACGUUGCUUGUAGUUUUGGAAGACAUUAAGAAAACUUUGAAAGAGAUGUUGCUGUUAAGUAGACAAAGGGACAUUCAGAAUAAUAAAUUUUGCUCGAUAACAGAGAAUAAGGUAUUACAGAUUUGUGUGCAAGUUGCCCGAGGAAUGGAGUAUCUUCACACAAGGAAAAUUGUCCAUAAGAAACUUUGUUGCAGAAACAUGAUCAUAAGUGAAAAUGGAACUGUCAAAAUAGCUGGUUUUGGCUUGUCACACUUAAGAUCUUUACAUGAGACUCCUGAUUAUACAAGAUGGACUUCUCAUGAAAUGUUAAGACAAACUAGAUAUAAUCCAAAGGCAGAUGUUUGGUCUUUUGGAGUUUUGAUGUGGGAAGUCCUUACGCUGGGAGCAACUCCAUAUUCUCAUUCAGGGAAUAAAGAUGUAGGCAGUAGGAUAUUAAGAGGAAUGAGGCCCUCACAGCCUUCGUAUGUUGGAGAUGAGUUGUUCCAAGUGUGUCUUCAGUGCUGGCAGGUUGAUCCCGAUGAGAGACCCACCUUCUCAUCUCUAGUUAUUGAACUGACACCUUUUUCUGAAGCUCCAGGGACUAGGAAUUUAAGCUUUACUCAUUAUAAUGGUUUUGAGUUUGAACCACAUAUUCCCCAGUAUGAAGUAAUUUCUUAACCAAAAUAUUAAUUAGAAUUGUAAGUAUAAUAAUUAGUCAUAUAUUUAUCCAAAGAGUCUUAAUGUUAGAAUCUCAGAAAGCUGCGUUUCAUUAAAAUGUGUUUCAAGAUAAUUUACAGAUUAAAAAUAAUUUUGAAUUACAAUAUUUUAGUAGGUGCUUUGCAUUAAAUUUUUUAUAAGAAACUUUUGUAUUAACUAUGCAAUUCACAUUUAUAACUUAGGUGAUUCAUAUGACUCAAAAUUUAUAGAUUCCAAGUUAUCAUAAUUAAUUUUUUUUUGUAUAUAUUUGAGAUUUUAGAUGGAGAAAAUAAAGCUGAAGGGCAAGUAUGUGUUAACUCUAUAUAGUUUGCUUUAAUAUAAUUGAUAAGAAAAAGACUUGCACUUUGCAUUUAAAUAGACAAAAGACAUUUAUCUCACUAUUCUGGUAUGACUACGUAAACAUACAAAAGUAUUAAUUAGGUAGACAUAUUAAAGUGUGAAAUGUACAAGAUAAAUGUAUUUUUUUUAAUUAACUUUAGGUUAUAUAAUACGAAGAGUGGAGGCAAAGAAGAUUAUAUUGAACUACAUAGGUAUAUUUGAAUUGGAUUUGUUUUCAGAAAAUGUUUAAAAUCAAUUAAUAGCCCUCUAGAGCCUCCAAAAGACGUUGACUAUUGCUAAUAUCUGUUUUGAGCUACAUGCAUGUAACAAUAAAAUUAAAUAUGAAAUUAAGCUUUGUAGCAAUACUUCAUAAAUAAUGGUUGAUGAAAGGAUAUAAUUUCUUAUAAAAUACAAUAUUUAAGUACCACAUUUUUUGUGAAAACAUAUAUUUUUAGGUAUUAUACUUUGUGUAUCUAAAAUAACAAUGGACUGAUAUGGUUACUAUUGUUAAUCGAAGCUUAUAUGUAUUAAAAUUCGUUAUGUAAUUUUUUUUCUUUUCUAAACAUUGAUUUUGUAAUAGUAGACUAUAAUUUACUCACUACUAGGCUCUUAUCUAGAUGUAACUAUCCAUUCAUAUUAAUAAUGUAGAUAUAAUUUUCUGACUUCAAAAACUGUAUAAAGCAGUUAAUUUUUAGUAUUAUUUUAAUGUUUUACUACGAGUAUAUAAUAACCAGUUCAUUCUGUGAUACUUAAUAAAAACGUUGCCAAUAAAUUAAGGGUUCAAGUUUCAAGGAAUCUUUAAAUGGUAUGAAAUCGGAAUGAUCAUGACAUUAAUCUCUCAGUGUACCUAAAUCAUUUUUAUUUAAAUUUAUUUUUUAUUUAAAAGUAUUAAUAUCCGUCCAUUUUAUAUUUUUAUAUGAAUCUUCU